AUGACAUCGACGGGGAAGGACGGCGGGGCGCAGCACGCGCAGUAUGUGGGGCCCUACCGGCUGGAGAAGACGCUGGGCAAGGGGCAGACAGGCCUCGUGAAGCUGGGGGUUCACUGUGUCACGUGCCAGAAGGUGGCCAUCAAAAUCGUCAACCGGGAGAAGCUCAGCGAGUCUGUGCUGAUGAAGGUAGAGCGGGAGAUUGCCAUCCUGAAGCUCAUCGAGCACCCUCACGUCCUAAAGCUGCACGACGUUUAUGAAAACAAAAAAUAUUUAUACCUGGUGCUAGAACACGUGUCUGGAGGUGAGCUCUUCGACUACCUGGUCAAAAAGGGGAGGCUGACCCCCAAAGAGGCGCGCAAGUUCUUCCGGCAGAUCAUCUCGGCGCUAGACUUCUGCCACAGCCACUCCAUAUGCCACAGGGACCUGAAACCAGAGAACUUGCUGCUGGAUGAGAAGAACAACAUCCGCAUCGCGGACUUCGGGAUGGCCUCCCUGCAGGUGGGCGACAGCCUGCUGGAGACCAGCUGUGGGUCGCCCCACUAUGCCUGCCCCGAGGUGAUCCGGGGGGAGAAGUAUGACGGCCGCAAGGCGGACGUGUGGAGCUGCGGGGUGAUCCUGUUCGCCUUGCUGGUGGGGGCGCUGCCCUUCGACGACGACAACCUGCGGCAGCUGCUGGAGAAGGUGAAGCGGGGCGUGUUCCACAUGCCGCACUUCAUCCCGCCCGACUGCCAGAGCCUGCUGCGCGGCAUGAUCGAGGUGGACGCCGCGCGGCGCCUCACGCUAGAGCACAUUCAGAAACACACAUGGUAUAUAGGGGGCAAGAACGAGCCGGAGCCUGAGCAGCCCAUUCCCCGCAAGGUGCAGAUCCGCUCACUGCCCAGCCUGGAGGACAUCGACCCUGAUGUGCUGGAUAGCAUGCACUCACUGGGCUGCUUCCGCGACCGCAACAAGCUGCUGCAGGACCUGCUGUCCGAGGAGGAGAACCAGGAGAAGAUGAUCUACUUCCUCCUCCUGGACCGGAAGGAGAGGUACCCAAGCCACGAGGACGAGGACCUGCCCCCAAGGAAUGAAAUAGACCCUCCCCGGAAGCGUGUGGACUCCCCGAUGCUGAACCGGCACGGCAAGCGACGGCCAGAGCGCAAGUCCAUGGAGGUGCUCAGCGUGACGGACGGUGGCUCCCCGGUGCCCGCACGGAGGGCCAUCGAGAUGGCUCAGCACGGCCAGAGGUCUAGGUCCAUCAGCGGCGCCUCCUCAGGCCUCUCCACCAGCCCUCUCAGCAGCCCCCGGGUGACCCCUCACCCCUCUCCAAGGGGCAGUCCCCUCCCUACCCCCAAGGGGACGCCCGUGCACACGCCCAAGGAGAGCCCAGCCGGCACGCCCAACCCCACGCCGCCGUCCAGUCCCAGCGUUGGAGGGGUGCCCUGGAGGACACGGCUCAACUCCAUCAAGAACAGCUUCCUGGGGUCGCCCCGCUUCCACCGCCGGAAACUGCAAGUUCCAACGCCAGAGGAGAUGUCCAACCUAACCCCGGAGUCGUCCCCAGAGCUCGCCAAGAAGUCCUGGUUUGGGAACUUCAUCAACCUGGAGAAGGAGGAGCAGAUCUUCGUGGUCAUCAAGGACAAGCCGCUGAGCUCCAUCAAAGCAGACAUCGUCCACGCCUUCCUGUCGAUCCCCAGCCUCAGCCACAGCGUCAUCUCCCAAACCAGCUUCCGGGCUGAGUACAAGGCAACGGGGGGCCCAGCGGUGUUCCAGAAGCCAGUCAAGUUCCAGGUGGACAUCACCUACACUGAGGGGGGUGCAGCACAGAAGGAGAAUGGCAUCUACUCUGUCACGUUCACGCUUCUGUCAGGCCCUAGCCGCCGCUUCAAGAGGGUCGUGGAGACUAUUCAGACCCAGCUGCUGAGCACACACGACCAGCCCUCCACCCAGCAUUUGUCAGACACCACUAACUGUAUGGAAAUGAUGACGGGGAGGCUUUCCAAAUGUGACGAGAAGAACGGGCAGGCGGCCCAGGCCCCCAGCACGCCCGCCAAGCGGAGUGCCCACAGCCCACUCGGUGACUCCGCGGCCGCUGGCCCCGGCCCUGGAGGGAACGCCGAGUACCCAACGGGCAAGGACAUGGCCAAGACGGGGCCGCCCGCCGCCCGCCGCGAGCAGCCUUAGACACAUAGCCCCUCCCCCAGCACGGCCCUGACAGUGGCCACCAAGGCCGCCUCACCGCCCACUCGCCACCCGCUGCCCGCCCUGCGUGGACCAGGGCCGCGCCCAUCUGUCCGUCUAGACUGUUGUGAAGCCGGGGAGGGAAGGAGAGGGGGACCGUGCGGCUGGGCCUGCCCGUGCCCGCUCUCUCCUUCUCUCGCUGUCUGUCUCUCUGCCUGUCUCUUACAACGUCACUGUUUCCACUCUGAUACCAGGAAUUAUCCCGAAAAGUUAACAUGUCACCUCCACG